AUGACACAGGACCACAGACUGGGUGGAAGGUUCCUGAGGCCUCCUGGCUCAGUACCCAUUCUGUAUUUGCAGAGCUCCCAGGAGAACAUCAUUGAAGUGCUGGCCCAAGGACCCGACUACACUGCCUACGAGGUCAGGGUGCAGGUGCACCAGGCUGACGACACAGUCCAGUGCCUGUCAAAGGGUGCAGCUGAGGUAACUGGUAACCUAUCUGAGUCCUGCAGGAUGCAGGACCUCCGUGAAGGCACCUUAGAGCAAGUGGCCACAUCCAUGGUACCAGCUCUCCUGGGGGGAAACGUCCCCCAGGUCUCCACCCUGGCCUUCUGCAGAGCCCAACAGUUCCUGGAGGAACUGUUAGCUAGGUGA